AUGGCAAAGGUCGACCAAAAAGCCGUCUUGAUUGUCAUCGAUGGCUGGGGCAUCCCGUCCGAAACCUCUCCUCCUGAAGGCGAUGCCAUCGCUGCGGCCGACACCCCCGUCAUGGACGGCUUCGCAAAAGAGGGGUCAUCCACUGCACAAGGCUACACCGAGCUGGAGGCUUCUUCCCUCGCGGUCGGCUUGCCCGAGGGACUGAUGGGAAAUUCAGAAGUCGGGCAUUUGAACAUCGGUGCCGGCAGGGUGGUCUGGCAAGACAGUGUUCGCAUUGGGCAGACCAUUAAGAAAGGCGAAAUGAAGGAUGUCCCCAGUGUCAAGAACUGCUUCCAGCGCGCCAUCGAUGGUAACGGAAGACUUCAUUUCCUCGGUCUCGUCAGCGACGGUGGUGUCCACAGCCACAUCGACCACCUCUUCGCUCUCCUACAGGUAGCCAAAGAAAUGAAGGUUCCCAAGAUCUUCAUUCAUUUCUUUGGAGACGGUAGAGAUACCGAUCCCAAGAGUGCUGCCGGCUACCUGCAGCAGCUGCUGGACAAGCUCCAAGAGUUGGGUGUUGGUGAAUUGGCUACGAUUGUUGGUCGGUAUUAUAUCAUGGAUCGCGACAAGAGAUGGGACCGUGUAGAAAUCGGUAUGAAGGGUGUUGUCUUGGGCGAGGGCGAAGAUUCGACCGAUCCCCUGGCGACAAUCAAGGAGCGCUAUGACAAGGGCGAGAACGAUGAAUUCCUCAAACCCAUCAUCGUGGGUGGUGAAGACCGCCGAAUCAAAGAUGGCGAUACAUUGUUCUUCUUCAAUUACCGUUCGGAUCGUGUAAGAGAGAUCACUCAGCUACUGGGCGACUAUGAUCGAUCUCCCAAGCCCGACUUCCCUUAUCCCAAAGACAUCGAGAUCACCACCAUGACUCAGUACAAGACAGACUACAAAUUCCCCAUUGCUUUCCCACCCCAACACAUGGGCAAUGUGCUCGCCGAGUGGCUCGGUAAGAAGGGCAUCAAGCAGUGCCACGUUGCUGAGACUGAAAAGUAUGCGCAUGUCACCUUCUUUUUCAAUGGUGGUGUGGAGAGACAGUUCGAGGGUGAAGAACGGGAGAUGAUCCCAAGCCCCAGGGUUGCCACAUAUGACCUGGAGCCUCCCAUGAGUGCUCAAAAGGUCGCCGACAAACUCAGCGAGAGGAUCUCGGACAACAAGUUCGAGUUUUUGAUGAACAACUUUGCCCCUCCCGACAUGGUUGGCCACACUGGAGUGUAUGAAGCGGCGAUCAAGGGAGUCACGGCCACCGACGCGGCCAUCGGCACCGUGUACGAGACCUGCAAAAAGGAGGGCUACAUUCUGUUUGUGACGGCAGACCACGGCAACGCCGAAGAGAUGCUGAACGAGGAGGGAAAGCCAAAGACUUCGCAUACCACCAACAAGGUGCCCUUCGUCAUGGCAAACGCACCCGAGGGCUGGAGCUUGAAGAAAGAGGGCGGGGUGUUGGGAGAUGUCGCACCAACAGUCCUGGCGGCAAUGGGUAUCGAGCAACCGGAAGAAAUGGGCGGGACAAGUCUCUUGAUCAAGAAGUAA